AUGGUCAAUCAGCCUACUACGCCGCAUGUUUUUGGGAUGUGGGAGGAAGUUGGAGUACCUGUAGAAAACCCAUGCAGGCGCGCAAAGAACAUUCUGGCUGACUGGGAGGACUACAUAGAACACUUUAAGAGAACCCUGUCUAGCACCCUCUACUGCAGUUCCAUGUUCAUUCGGACAUACAUGGUUAAAUCCUCCUAUGCUAGUUGUGAUAAAGUCAACAGCAUGGACGGGAAACAUAUAUCCGUUUUAUGUGGAUUACUGCUUUUCAUUUCAAUCCAAAGGAGUGUCUCUGUUAAUGAAGAAGAGCUCCAUGCCAGUUAUUGGAACAACAAAGCAAAGCAAUCCCUUCACACUGCCCUCAACAUUCAGCCUAAUCUCCACAAAGCCAAGAACAUCAUCCUUUUCCUGGGGGACGGAAUGGGAGUAACAACUGUUACUGCUGCCCGCAUUCUCAAAGGCCAAAUGGAAAAGCAGUCUGGAGAAGAGACCAGUCUGGUCAUGGAUACCUUCCCUCAUCUGGCACUGUCUAAGACAUAUAAUGUAGAUCAACAAAUGCCUGAUAGUGCUGGCACAGCCACUGCAUACUUAUGUGGCGUGAAGGCCAACUAUGGUACCCUGGGUGUCACUGCUGCCACUCCAAGGUACAACUGCAGUCUCACCUAUGGGAAUGAAGUCAAAUCUGUGCUAUAUCGGGCCAAGCAAGCAGGAAAAUCUGUAGGGAUUGUCACCACAACCCGAGUGCAGCAUGCAUCUCCAGGUGCAAACUAUGCUCACACUGCCAAUCGAGGUUGGUAUGCAGACUCGGAUCUCUCCGAUGAGGCCCGCGCAAAUGGUUGUCGAGACAUUGCACACCAGCUUGUUAACAACGUUGAGAUAAAUGUUAUACUUGGUGGUGGUCGACAGUACAUGAUUCCCAGGGACAUGCAAGACCCGGAAUAUACUAGUGUAAAAGGAGAUAGGGAUGAUAAACGAAAUCUUAUUGUUGAAUGGCUAAACAAUAAAAAGAAUGCUAAAUAUGUUUGGAACAAAAAAGAAUUUGAUGCAGUGGACCCCGCAAACACAGAUUUCCUAAUGGGUCUUUUUGAGCCCAAGGACUGUCGCUUUGAGAUGGAGCGUAAUCCAUUAACAGAUCCAUCCCUCACUGAGAUGAUGGAGAAAGCUAUAAAGAUUCUUAGCAAAAACCCAAAAGGCUAUUUCCUUUUUGUGGAAGAUAAGGGGAGAAUAGACCACGGCCACCAUGAUGGGAUGGCCAAAAGAGCUCUCACUGAGGCAGUUGAGUUUGAUCGAGCCAUUGGGCGAGCAGCUGAACUCACAAAUGAGUUGGACACCCUGUCGAUAGUCACUGCAGACCACUCACACGUCUUCUCUUUUGGAGGACACUCAGCCAGAGGAAACCACGUGUUGGGUGUUUCGCGGGGGGUUGCUGAUGACUCAAAGAGCUUUACUAUUGCUGGAUAUGCAAAUGGUCCAGGGUACCAGUUUGUCAACGGAACUCGUCCAGACGUAAAUGAGACAAUUUCAAUGGGUGAUGAGUACCUUCAACAGGCUACAGUGCCUCUUGAUUCAGAGACUCACGGCAUCGAGGAUGUGGCCAUCUUCGCCAAGGGUCCAAUGUCACACCUCUUCCAUGGGGUUCAGGAACAGAACUACAUAGCCCAUGUGAUGGCUUACGCAGCUUGCCUUCCACCUUACGAGGAUUGUAAACUCACACCUCCCAACCACGCUGGAUCCCUCAACCCUAGCCUGCUACCCGCUCUUUUUGGCUUAAUUAUAUUCUUUGUCUUCUUGUCAUAGUUGUGCCAAUCAUUAUUUGUUAUUCUUACUAAAAAUGUAUUUCGUGGUAAAACCCUGUCAAUCUGAAAUUUCAAGUCAUUUGUAUUUAUUGACCUAAAAUGAUUGUCCGUUAUGUGUACAUUAAUAUUCAGUAUCAUUGGGGCCUGAAGCCAUUGUUUUCAAGACAAUUUUUUUUUUAAAUUUGAAAAGCAUUGUUGCAGUUAUUUUUGAACACCUGUCCAUGUUAUAUCAAUCCAUCUAUUUGUCCACAUAAUGCUUAUCCUUACUAAGGUCAAGGGCAUGCUAAGGGCUAUGCACAGGAAGAACAGAGCCUGGGAUUGAGCCGUUGAUCGGAGAACUGUGAAGUAGAUGUGUUAACCACUCAGUCACCAUGCCACGUUGGGCCAGAAGUCCAGCUCUAUCAGAAUCUUGUGGAGGGUUACCCAACAUGUUUGAUGGUUACCCAAAAGUCAUGAAGUUCAAAGGUAAUGCUACACGAUACUAAGGAAAUCUACGAGAUAGACAUUUUGAGCUCUGAGAAACUAAACUUUUCAAAGAAAUGUUCUCUCUCAUUAUUGUGGCGAGUGCCAGCACCUUAUUUGGCAUGGGAUGAAAAAGGUUCUCCGGACAUCUGUGAAAAACCUAUGAAAAAACGUUCACAAUCUAUCGCCGUGAAGUUGACGAGGGGAAUGACUCCCAUAUCCUUGCCUUUUUAAGAAGAAAAACAUUCAUUUUCCCAGGUGUCCAGCAGAUUAAGUAAACACAGUAAUAUAUUAGCAAUGAAUGAAUAUGUGAGAAUUUUCUUUUAAUAGGGUGCCGUUUGGGCGAAACAGAGUGGACACAAACAGAGGGGACAUUUUGUGCUAAAGUUAGCGCUGAGCCUAGCUUUGCUAGCAUAAUAGCUAACAUGACUUUAUAUACUUAAAGAGAAAUAUCAUUUUACAUAUGAAAUUAUGCAAUUCAAUUAAUUUCUUUGGUAU